AUGACACAUGUAUACCAAGGAGUUCUGCAGCCAUCACUGCUGUGGCUUGGGCACCAGAUGGUUCCAUGGCAGUAUCUGGAAAUCAAGCUGGGGAACUAAUCUUGUGGCAGGAAGCUAAGGCUGUGGCCACAGCACAGUCUUCACCUGAACCGAAUUCUACAGGAGGACUUAGGGGUGCUGACAAGUCUGGAUUGGGCUCCUGAUGGUCACUUUCUCAUCUUGGCCAAAGCAGAUUUGAAGUUACUUUGCAUGAAGCCAGGGGAUGCUCCAUCUGAAAUCUGGAGCAGCUAUACAGAAAAUCCUAUGAUAUUGUCCACCCACAAGGAGUAUGGCAUAUUUGUCCUGCAGCCCAAGGAUCCUGGAGUUCUUUCUUUCUUGAGGCAAAAGGAAUCAGGAGAGUUUGAAGAGAGGCUGAACUUUGAUAUAAACUUAGAGAAUCCUAGUAGGACCCUAAUAUCAAUAACUCAAGCCAAACCUGAAUCUGAGUCCUCAUUUUUGUGUGCCGGCUCUGAUGGGAUGCUAUGGAACCUGGCCAAAUGCAGCGCAGAAGGAGAAUGGACCACAGGUAACAUGUGGCAGAAGAAAGCAAACACUCCAGAAACCCAAACUCCAGGGACAGACCCAUCUACCCGCAGGGAAUCUGAUGCCAGCAUGGAUAGUGAUGCCAGCAUGGAUAGUGAGCCAACACCACAUCUAAAGACACGGCAGCGUAGAAAGAUUCACUCGGGCUCUGUCACAGCCCUCCAUGUGCUACCUGAGUUGCUGGUGACAGCUUCGAAGGACAGAGAUGUUAAGCUAUGGGAGAGACCCAGUAUGCAGCUGCUGGGCCUGUUCCGAUGCGAAGGGUCAGUGAGCUGCCUGGAACCUUGGCUGGGCGCUAACUCCACCCUGCAGCUUGCCGUGGGAGACGUGCAGGGCAAUGUGUACUUUCUGAACUGGGAAUGAAGAUGUGCCACUCGGGAAUAAUGAUACCCCUUGUGCUAGAGAUGCAAAGCCUGAAGACACUGGUAGCUUUUAAUAAUUAUAAAAUUAAUAAUUUCUUGAUAAUUAUAAAAAUGAAGUGUCAAAAAAUCUCAAGUGUAGGCCUGCCUGUGUUCUCAUGUGGAUUUAGAACAGGAGGAUAUUCUAUGUGUAUUUAUAUGUACAUUCUAAUGUGUGUCUCUUCUUAUUCAACAUUAAUCCUUACUAGAAGCACAAGAAAGUGAAUGAAAUCUUUAGUAGGUACUCUUUUGAAACUAGGUUUUAGAAUUCUUGCAUCACUCGCGGGCCCUAGGACCCUAGGAUGCCAUUCUUGCCAGGAGGAGGAAUGAGAGUGAUGUUGGCCAACAUUCAGUUUGAACAGAGCAUGGAAGACCUUUCAGUUCAUCGGGAAAGAAUGAGGGAGGGAGAAUAAGUUAGUCAUGCAUCAGGGCAUUUAGAAAGAGCUAUGUUUCUGUCACAGAGACAGCCCUUUUCUCAGAACUACCCAGAGGAGGCCGGGCAUGGUGGCUCACACUUGUAAUCCCAGCACUUUGGGAGGCCAGGGCGGGCAGAUCAUGAGGUCAGGAGAUUGAGACCAUCCUGGCUAACAUGGUGAAACCCUGUCUACUAAAAAAUACAAAAAGUUAGCCAGGUGUGGCGGCGGGCACCUGUAGUCCCAGCUACUUGGGAGGCUGAGGCAGGAGAAUGGUGUGAACCCAGGAGGCGGAGCUUGCAGUGAGCCAAGACACCACUGCACUCCAGCCUGGGCGACAGAGCGAGACUCUGUCUAAAAAAAAAAAAAAGAACUACCCAGAUGAGAGGUGAGGAGCCAAGCCAUUGAAAGCGGAACAAACCUUCUGGUUUUCCCGACUUCUGACACGACUUUCAACAUUAGUCAAUAUGAUAAUUGGCAUUCUCAGAAGAGAUCACGAAAGUGUCUUACUCUCUCUCAAAUUGAAAUUCACAAAGAUUAAAACUAAUUGAGAGGUGGCACAAUCGUAGCCAUGAACUCUGAUUUUCUUAAGUAAAAAACCUUUUUUUUUUUUUUUUUUUUGAGACAGUCUGGCUCUGUCACCUAGGCUGGAGUGCAGUGGUACAAUCUCAGCUCAGUGCAACCUCUGCUUCCUGGGUUCAAGCGAUUCUCCUGCCUUAGCCUCCCGAGUAGCUGGGAUUACAGGUGCCCACCACCACGCCCAGCUAAUUUUUGUAUUUUAGUAGAGACGAAGUUUCACCAUGUUGGCCAGGUGGGUCUCAAACUCCUGACCUCAGGUUAUCUGCACACCUCAGCCUCUUAAAGUUCUGGGAUUACAGGCGUGAGCCAUUGUGCCCGGCCCAUAAAAGAACUUUAUUAUAUUUCUAAAAUUCAAUCAUAUGGAAGAAUCUAUUGAGCAGGUUAGCCUUUGCUUAACUUUCCUCCUCUCUGUUACUCCAGCCUUAGCUGGGGUGUUUUGUAGAAUUUUCAGAGCAUGGAAGACAGACAACUAGAGCUUCCUCCUGCCCUUGGCCCAUGCUUUUAGGAGAGCAAAAGGCAAAAGAUUGAAACCAGUGACUUUAGUUUCCUCAGGUCCUUUCUUUCUGAGGGUUAAAGAAGAAGGAAAUGUCUUCUGUGGCCUAGAAUUCAAAGACUUGUAGGAGAUAAGUGAAGGCUAUUACAGGGAUUUUGUCCUGGUUUGGUAGGUUUCUCUUGGAGAAAUACCACUACACCCUGGUCUAGAAAUGAGUUUUGAAGACUUGGAGAGUUAAAGGGCACUGAGUUGCUCUCACUGUACCCUGAUUCCAGGUUUUACAUGGAGAAAUAACCUGAGGGACUUUAUUUCUAUCCAAUGCCCUGGUUUCCAUCCUGACCAGAGGAUGAUGACAUCAGCUGAUAGGCCAUGCUUCUGUCUUCUCUUAUGUGCCUCAUGCCAAGCCUCGAAAUAUACCUUCUGGACCAUCAUUUCCACAUCUACCUUGUGACUAGAAGUCCUAGUUAUGGUAUUUUGAAAUUUACGAUCCAUAAUCCUUGCCAGAAAUCCUGCAGCGAACCAUGGCAUGGCAUCAUCCUAGUCAUUGAUUUCAAUCUUUUGCCUUUUGCUCCCCUAAAAUCUUGGGCCAAUUGCAGGAGGAAGCUCUAUUUGUCUCUCUUCCAUGCUCUGAAAAUUAUAUAAAAGCAUCCCAGCUAAGCCUGGAGUGAAGGGGUUGGGGAAAGUUAAGCAAAGGCUAACUUGACCAAUAGGCUCAAUACAUUCAGUCUUGUUGGCCAGGCCCACUUGAAGGGUUUUUUGUUUCAUCUUGGAGAAGGACAGUGAGGUCAUGGUAUAAUUGUUAUGAGUAAAGUCAAGAACAGCUUCUAGGUAAAAGUAAUUAUGUACCCAAAAGGAGUUGAAGGGAAAAUCAAUUUAGGUUUACAUUAAACAUCCUUCAAGUUCUUAUCUUUAAAUGGAGUUUCAGUGUCUCCCAAAGGCUGGAUGAGUUUUACAGUUAUAACCACUGGAUUGUGAGACCAUAGGACAUUUGAACAAUCUUUUCUUCUACCCAUCUAGAAAAGCAUCUUUUUUAUAUACCAAAUUUUUACACAUAUAUCCACAUCUGUUUUUGAAAUCUAGAGCAGAGGUACUCAAAGUUUGGUUCAUGGACUAGUGCCAGUUCACAAAUUGUUAAUGUUUUAUAAUGAGAUAAGUACGGAAGUUGAGAGUAACCAUUUAGAAACUGUAUAGGAAUUUAAAAAGUAAUAUCUGACAAAUUUAAUAAAAAUGGAGGCUUGUA